AUGCCAAAUUCAACGUCCGAUAGUCUCACACAAGAAGAAAUAGCUAUACCAGCUAUUCUCGGAAUUAUUGUUUAUGUAGGUGGUUUUAUAGGCAAUCUUCUAUCAUUGGUGAUUUUUAUUCGUACUGAAAUACGUCGUGUUUCUACUGGAGUACUUUUUUUAUUUUUAACAAUAUCAAAUACUAUUCAAUUGUUAACAUUAACCGUCGAAUUUAUAGAUGUUGCAUAUAAAUAUCGGUUAUUUCCUUCUGUAUUAAUUCGAUGUCGUUUUGUUUAUUGGCUUCAAAAUAUUUUUCGUUCAUUAAGUUCAUUUAUUGCUUGUACCAUAAGUUUAGAUCGAAUGUUUCGUGCGACUCAUUCCCUACGAGCUAAACAUUAUUGUACAUGUCGAAUGGCAUGUCGAACUGUUUUUAUCUAUACAAUUAUUUUUACUUUUUCUUUAUCAUUCUAUUUACUACCAUAUAUGGGAGAAGAUACGAAUGGGAUUUGUUCAACAGGAAACAAUCCUAUCUAUGAUAACUUUAUGUCAAGUGUAUGGCCACCUAUGCGUACAUUUUUUGUUUGUAUUUUGCCUGUUUCAAUAAUGAUUGCAGCAAAUAUAGGAUUAUGGCGUCGAAUACGAGCAUCGAAACGUCGUGUAUUUCCGCAUAUAACGAAAUUUGCUCAUUCAACAAAUACACAAACCAUGCUUCUAUUCAUAGCUAUAUCGAAUGUUUUAGCGUUUGUAAUAACACAAGUUCCAUUUCAUCUCUAUACGACUAUGGUACGUUAUAGACAUUGUAUCGAUCAUGUACGUACACCUAUGCUUCUUUGGAGUAGUCUCUAUUUUGGUAUUGGUUUUUAUAUUUAUUGUUUAACAUCACGUUAUUUUCGUUCAAAAUUUAUCUUGACAAUAUAUUGGCUUUUAAAAAAAGAAGAUUUGACUAUCAUCCGACGAAAUACAAUAUCACAACGUGUUCUAAGUUAA